AUGGCAGAGCUUGCUGAUCUCAUGACUGCCGCCGUCCCGCAGCCUUCCCUGCUGCAGUCCCAGGCUGGCGCGGCCGCCCUGGCACUGGCCAUGCACUGCCUGCUGGUGCGCGACGGCUUUGAGGCGGUGGAGGUGGCGCAGGGCGGGGCCCCGGGGCGCCGCCUCAGGGGGCUGCUGGCCCCGGACUGGAACAAGGCCGAGCACUUUUGGGUCUUUGAGUACACCCGGCAAGUGCUGCCCCCGCCCGGGGCGGCCAGGAAGUUCCGGCUGCAGUGCUCGCUGCAGGCCCACACGCGCCGCAUGUUCAUCCACGCGAGCGAGGUGGAUGCCGAGGGGCAGCCAGAGGCGGACAACAUCCGGAUCAUGGGCCUGCAGCUGGACAACUACGUGCCCAGCGGGGACCACUGCGCAAAGAGCAGCAGCUGGGAUGGGGUGAUCCACAACCAGCAGGCGCUGUGCGAGAUGUAUGCGGAGUUUGUGGGGGCCCCGCUGUGGCGGCACGCCCAGAAGGCACAGGGCAGCAGCGGCCGGUGGGCGGCGCUGGCGGGCGGCGCGUGGGAGCAGCGCACCCUGCUGCUGGCGGCGCUGGGGGUGUCGGCGCUGGCGGCAGGCGUGCUGGCGUACCGGCGACGCAGCGCUGCCUAGGCGCGCGGGUGGCGCGGCUCCGUUGCGGCGCAGGUGCACCCUAAGCGGUGCAUGCUUAUUUCCACUGAUUGCCAGGACCGCACUUGCUCAUUCCCAUCUGAUGCAUCAAGCACUUGCAUGGCAGGAUCAGCGUGGCGCCGACCCGGGCCGGCUGCAAGCAUUUAUUGGUUUUGAAGAUUAAACUUGAA